GCAACUGCGUUAAUGCUGUAGGAAACUGGACAUGUGAUUGUCUAGAAGGUUGGAUAGGUGACCAGCAUUGUGAGGAACCAGAUAAUAGCACCGACACUCGGCUCUGUACGCCAGGGUGGAUGGGCGAUUGGUGUGCAGACAUGUGCCUUAACGACUCAAUGUGCGGACAAAACAAAGUUUGUAGAAUGCGAGGCAGAGGUCUAAAGUGCCAAUGCGACGUUGGUUGGAUGGGACGUAACUGCACUGUUGAUGUGGAUGAAUGUCAGAGAAACCCGUGCAAGCACUCUGGGACUUGUCACAACACACAAGGAUCUUACACUUGCGCAUGCCCAGUACAAUGGCAAGGAAAAGAUUGUGAAGAUGAUGUUGAUGAAUGCCCUAGUAACCCAUGUCAGAAUUCCGGCACGUGUAUUAACACAAAUGGGUCCUAUAAUUGCACAUGUGUUACAAAAUGGCGGGGACAAAACUGUACAGAAACGGACUGGUGCGCGGACAAACCUUGUCAAAACUCAGCCAAGUGCACUAGUAAGCGUUUUUCUUAUCAAUGCACGUGCGCGUCGGGAUGGAAUGGUGUAAAUUGUACCAAUGAUAUUGAUGAAUGCGCGUCGAGUCCGUGCUUGAAUUCGGGAACUUGUAAUAACACUGCUGGUUCCUACAUAUGCACGUGCGAUAAUGGAUGGGAGGGUCAGAACUGCAGCAUAGACGUAGACGAAUGCCAAUCAAAACCAUGUUUGAACGAUGGGGUAUGUUCCAAUUCACAGGGGUCUUUUACUUGUAACUGCAAUUCUGGUUGGACAGGCAAUACGUGCACAGAUGAUAUGGACGAAUGUAUCGCAAACCCUUGCCAACAUUCCAGCACCUGUGUCAACAGUGCAGGCUCUUACUCAUGCGUCUGUGAAGCCGGGUGGCAAGGCGCAAACUGCGGAUAUAAAGACAGCUGUUUCCGAUCCCCUUGUGAAAACAAUUCUACUUGUAGUAACGUCCGGGAUACAUACAGAUGCACCUGCGCACCAGGGUGGCAAGGAAUAAAUUGCACGGACGAUUAUGACGAGUGUUCGGAUAACUCUACUUGCAAACAUCAAGCGAUGUGUAAUAACACAAUUGGUUCAUACUCGUGCAGUUGUAUCACAGGUUGGCAAGGCAGUAUUUGUGACGUGGAUGUAAACGAGUGUCUAACGUUUCCGUGUAACACAUCUUACACGUGCAUUAACAACUUAGGCUCGUUUUCUUGCAAGCCUAUACAAUCACAAGAAAGCAGGUCCUCUUCAAAGGCCGGUUUAAUUGUUGGGGCGGUGUUAGGACCAAUGGCUGUAUUGGGCGGAAUAGCCACUGGUCUCCUGGUGUUUAAGAACAAAAUUUGGACUAAAGGAAGUGUCGCAAGCGAAAAUGCAAAUUCAAAUGAAUCGAAAGAUUGCGAUACGACUGCUGAAAAUGGAGUCGACCAAGAAGCAAAGGUUAACGAUCAGAAAGAAGAAACUGAGAAAUCAAAGGGGAGAUUUAAAGACUUCAUUGCUCGUACGCAAACCUCGGUUAGCAAUUUAUUCACCAGAAAAUGAUAUUGUAGGGUUUUGUAUUAUUUUUUCAUGUGCUUAGUAAGAUCUUU